AUGCAGGAGGACCCGAGGCCGGUCAAGUGCGAGUGGGGAUGGCUGCGUCCCCACUCGACGCCUGCCACGCUGCUCUGGCUGCAGCAAAACUACGAGGUGGCCGAAGGGGUGUGCAUCCCGAGGAACACGUUGUACCUGCACUACGUGGACUUCUGCGCACGCAACUCCAUGCAGCCGGUGAACGCCGCCAGCUUCGGAAAGAUCAUCCGGCAGCAGUUCCCGCAGCUGACCACUCGGCGCCUGGGGACGCGGGGCCAGUCACGGUACCACUACUACGGCAUCGCGGUGCGCCUCGGCUCCCUCUACUUCGAGCCUCCGUACGCAAAGGGUUCAAUCUUAGCCCUUUGUGACGCCGGAGCAGCGCUGAGCGACCGCUGCCGCGCACGCAGGGCCGACGCCGGUCACCGGCGCCAGCCGCCCCAGUGCGCGCCCAGUCGCCUGCUGCCUGAGUUCCCGCGAGUGCGCCAGCUGAUGCUGCCGGCGGGCACCGACGCCGACCAGCUAGCCGGCUUCGUGGCCAUGUACAGGGGCCAUUGUCAGCGGCUGCUGGACGAGUGCGCCCAGGAGCCCCCCGGUGGCAUGCUCCAGUGCGUGGCGCACUUCUGGCGCCGUGUGCCCGCCCACCUGGCCCCCCUGCUGGCCUCGAACUCCCUGGCCAACCUGGUGGGCAUCUGCGACGGCCUGCUGUACGCCGCCGUGGCCGACGCGCUGCUUCCCACUUACCCGCCGCCCCAGCACGACAGCAACACGUGCCGUGCCGCGCGGCUACUAUCGGAGCAGCUGGAGCCGUGGCUGGAUGCUGCGCUGGCGGGAUUCCCGGCACCGCUUCGGGCCAUCAAGCUUCACAUGUGCCGCCGGCUGUCGCAGGCACUGGAGCGCCGCUUGUCGCUGGCCAAGCUGUGGCCCGCAUGGCGAGCCACGGUUCCCGAUUGCGCCCAGCUCGACCUUGCCUCCGUGAGCACCGAGGCAGCGGCGCACAGUCCCCGACCGGGCACACCCUCGGCGCGCUUCGUGUACGCCCGCGUCCACGAGCUCUGCGCGCUGCUGGGCUCGGACGAGCAGGCGUUGUUUGGCUGGCUCGAGGCCCUGGUGGAACGCAGCGUGGCGUCACCCAGCGCCGCCAGCGCCGCCUGUGCCGCGGGACCCAUGGCGCGUCACUUCCUGGCCGUGUGGUGCGCGGCGGGCGCCGAGGCCGAGCGGCAGCUGCCAGUAUUGCGGCCGCUGCGCGCGCUGCUGGACGAGUGGGUGCGGAUGCUGCUAGAGCGCCUGCUGGCAGACGCCCUGCUGCGACAGCUGCUCGACAACGUCGCCAACGACGCGCCGCCCGAAGCCUGCUGCAUCGAUGGCCUGCUGCUUGAGCCUGCCGUUUAUACAUGACCCACAUCCACACCCACCCCCUGCCAGUGAUGGCCUCAAGAGAAGAAACUGCUGUGAUGCCCUUUAUUGCAGUAAUCCAGAAAACAAUGCUAAGCUUGAUGCAUGCACAGCGGAUACUUGCCACAAACAUAUGCAUCAUUAUGACGACAUGUGAGGAUGUGGCCCACCUAGCCGAGCAAGCACCAAGGAAUGGAAAAUAUCAACCCAUUUUAUGCAAUUCCAUCGAUACCAUGACUCGUUGGUGCUAAAUAAAAUCUCAACUCUUCACAUAGCAUUGCAAACCAAUGUUCCAAAGUGACUGUGCCAAGAACACUGUCUGCAAGUUGUUAGUGGACACUCGCCACAAGCAUGUGCAUCAUUAUGACAUGUGAGGAUGUGAUCUACUUAGCCGAGUAAGCACCAAGGCAU